AAAUUGUACCUGUGUUCGCUCAAUUAGUAAAAUUAAAAUAUUUUUCCACAUUUAAUUCUGAUAAGUUCUAGUGAUAAUUAUUAUAUUAUGAAAUAAUUUUUAAUCGCGCGCUUGCUAUUUUAAAUUACUAAAUUGUAAACUUUUUAAAUUAGUUUGUUUUAUAAGUUGUUGAAGCUAUUCGAAUCUUUAAAGUAUGAAGUUAUUUAAUCUAUUGUUUCUGAUUUUCGUCAAUGUAUUAAGUAGUACACAUGGAGCAAAUAUCUUAGGAGUGUUCCCUAUCAAUGGUCGCAGCCACUGGGUGGUAUACGAAAGUUUAAUGAAAGCUUUAGCUGCUCGAGGACAUAAUGUUACUGUAAUCACAUCAUUCCCACAAAAAUCUCCAAUAGCAAAUUAUACAGAUAUUGAUGUUUCUACUGCAUUUCCAAGUGUGACAAAUAAAAUAGGAAUUGAUCUAGUACUCAAUGUAUUAAGUAACACACAUAUAAGCCAAAUGUUUAUUUCUAGUGUUCAAUUAAAAUUUUGCCGAGAAACUAUAAAACUACCUCAAGUACAGGGGAUGUUGAAAAGUGAUAUCAAGUUUGACGUAGUUUUUACUGAGAUAUUUGGAUCUGAUUGUGACGUUGGAUACGCAUAUUAUUACAAAGCACCUUUAAUAUCUAUGAUGUCAAGUGGUAUUUUACCUUGGAGUUAUGAUCGUGUUGGUGGUCCGGAUAAUCCAUCGUACAUACCUUUAAUGAUAAUGCCAACUUCUGGUAAAAUGGAUUUUACUCAACGACUGAAAAACACCAUUUACUAUGUAUACUUUAAAAUUGUAUGGAAAAUAUUUAGUGAAUGGCCAGCUGAUAAAUUUUUAAAAGAAUCAUUCGGUCCAGAAACUCCAUAUAUAAAUGACAUAUUAUACAACACAUCAAUGGUAUUUGUAAAUAAUCAUUUUUCAUUAGAUGGUCCACGGCCACUUGUACCUAACAUGGUAGAAAUUGGAGGCAUUCAUAUAAAACAUCCACAACCCAUUCCUAAGGAUAUUAUAAAAUUUAUUGAUGAAUCACCGAAUGGAGUUAUGUUUUUUACAUUUGGAUCAAUGAUCCGUAUAUCAACAUUACCUAAAGAAGUACUUCAAAUAUUUAAAGAUGUUUUUGCCCAACUUCCAAUUCGAGUUUUAUGGAAAUUUGAAGAAGAGAUGCCUGACAAACCCAAAAAUGUUUUCAUUAGUAAUUGGAUGCCCCAGAGAGAUAUUCUAAAUCAUCCAAAAUUACGUAUAUUUAUGACUCAUGGUGGACUCUUAGGUAUAAUGGAAGCUGUAAAAUCGGGUGUUCCAGUAGUGGGAAUUCCAUUUUAUUUUGACCAAUACAGAAACAUUCAAAAUGUGGCUAAUAAUGGUGCUGGAAUAUCAUUGGAUUAUCAUAGUUUAACACGAAAAUCAUUAUUUGAUGCUUUAAAUAGUAUAAUUACAAAUAACAGUUAUUCUUCGAAUGCAAAAAAAUUAUCACAACGAUUUUCUGAUCGACCACUUAAUGCUACAGAAACAGCAGUUUAUUGGACAGAAUAUGUAAUAAGACAUAAAGGCGCUAGUCAUUUGAGAACAGCAGCAGUUGGAAUGCCAUGGUGGAAGUAUUUCCUAGUUGAUGUGAUUGCUUUUAUCGCUUCUAUUGUUUUUAUUGUUUUAUAUGUGAUUUAUUUCUUGUUAAAAACUGCGUACAAAAAGAUAACAAAAAAAUCUAUACCAAACGAUAAAAAAAAAAAUAAUUAAUUUUGUAAAUAAAAUAUCACUUAUUUUUUA